UUUCCUCUUUAUCUUUUCUCGCUUUAAUCGGUUAGUUCGGCCUGUUCGGUCCGCAGGAGGAAUGCCAGCUUCGGAACCGGUUCGGUGGGGUCGGAAACGCGUCCUGCCGUCCUGCCCGAACCCGUUGUUCCUGCAGUGGCUCACCGAACUCCGGGACGAGGCCAAAGAGAAGGGGCGGAAGACCCAGUUCACGUACCAGAAGGCGAUCAACUCUUUGACUAAAUAUCCUCUUCCUCUCCGGAGCGCGAGAGAGGCCAAGAUCCUGCAGAACUUUGGGGACGGGAUCUGCAAAAUAUUAGACGAUCGACUGCAGAGAUACUACAGAGAGGAAGGUCCGAACGCUCCGAUCCACCCCCUCCCUGCCGGAGCGCCCCCUGCAGGAGGAGCAGACAACAACAGGCUGGAGGCUUCGCGGGCGACGAAGGCUGCGGGUGAUGAAGAGGAGGGUGGAGGAGGUGGAGGGAGGAGGAGGAAGAGGGAGUAUGUCCCUCAGAGGAGGUCUGGAGGAUUCGCCGUGCUGCUCGCUCUCUACAGACACUCACAGUUGCCGGGCAACAAAGGCUUCAUGCUGAAGAUGGAGCUGCAGUCAGAGGCUCAGCGUCUGUGCGACAGAUCGUUCACGGCGCCGGACCCCGGCAGCCGAUACACGGCCUGGUCCUCCGUCAGAACCCUGAUCCACAAGAACCUGGUGCUGAAGACCCACAGUCCUGCCAGGUUUGGACCUCUCAGACGUGAGCUGCGAGCUCCUGCAGGCAGGGAGCUGGUUCUGGACUUCAUCGUGGAGAGGAAGAGGAUGGACGACCUGUGUGGGAGCAUCAUGGACGGACGCUUCAGGGAGCAGAAGUUCCGGCUGAAGAGGUGCGGUCUGCACAGGCCCAUUUAUUUGGUGGAAGGGGGCGGGGCUUCAGCGUCUCACCUGAGUUUACCUGAGGCCACUCUGCAGCAGGCCAUCGUCAACACGCAGGUGGUGGACGGGUUCUUCGUGAAGAGAGUCCAGGACGUCCGGGAGUCGGCCGCCUACCUGACCAUCAUGACGCGAUACCUGACCUCGCUGUACCAGAACCGGGCUCUGACCUGUCGCUCCAGAGAGCUGGAGGGGGACGCGGCGGGUGAGGAGGAGGAGGGAGGAGCCCCCUCCAGCUCUCUGAUGUCUUUUGCAGAGUUCAACCACGGCGCCGUCAAAAACAAGUGUCAGACGGUGAGAGAAGUGUUCGCCCGACAGCUGAUGCAGAUCAGUGGCCUGUCUGGAGACAAAGCUGCUGCUGUGCUGGAGCAUUACAGCACACCUGACAGUCUUCUGGCGGCGUACGACCGUUGUUCCAGCGAAGCCGAGAAAGAGAAACUGCUCUCCUGCAUCCGAUACGGGAAACUCAAAAGAAAUGUAGGUCCGGCUCUGAGCAGAACAGUUUAUCAGCUCUACUGUACUCCAGGAGCACUCUCCUGACUCCUGGUGAUCUCCUUCAGAUCUUUGAUUUCUCUCCAAGACGCCUCCUCGCCUUUAACGCCACACGUUUCUAAUUCAUCCCUUCACGAACUUUGGAAAUUAUUGUUUACAUUUACGGCCUUUUUAAAGACGCUGCUACAUUUUAACCGCUGGACAAAAGGUUUGUAUGAAGAUAUUCAAUAAUUUGU